AAUGCCAAACUCUUUCGAAGUUUUACAAUCAUAACUUUUUAUUUUAUUAUUAUAUUGAAAAAUAUAUUCAUAAAUAGUUACAUAUAUAUAUUUAUUUUAUUUUUAUUCUUUUUUGUGCUUGAAGAUUUUAUUAUAAAAAAAUUUCUUUUCUCUGAAAUGAGGACGGAGUAACAUGCAAAGAGGUUGUCAAUGUCAUGAUCUAAAAGUAGAUGAUUUAACGUCGAAAAAAAACACGUCUGAUCUUGACCUACAAAAUAACAGUCCCAGUUUUUUGACAACAAAAUUACAACAAAAAAAAUAUAUAACGUUUCAACGAAGCUCAAGCUUUAACAAUUUUUUUGAUGAAAGAAAAAAAUACAAGCACCAAGAAAAUUUAAUCAGACAAACGAAAAAAAGGGAAAUUGAGGGUAAACCUUGUGAAAUAUUUGAAGAAAAAUUAAAAAAAAACCAGGAUACACUUGAACAUAACAGUGGAAAUAAAAUUAAUUUGCAUAAAAUAUUGCCAAAUAAUAAUUGUCUCAAAGGUGACAGUAGUAAAAGCAGCGUUGUUAUUUUAUACCACAAGGAAAUUUCAAAUAAACCAAGUGUAUCAAUUUCAUCAAAUAUAUCAAAGAGCCUUAUUCGUCGAUCAAAAUCCGAGCAAACUAUCCUCACACAGCCACUUCAAUUUAAUCAACAUUCUGAACCACAUGAAAUUGUCACAAAACAAAUUACUAAAGAUAUUGAAACUUUAAAAAAUAAAAAAAAAUCAAAUUCACUUUGUAAAAAAAAAAAACGUAAUCGUAAAUUAAAAGAUCAAGAAUUAAAUGUAAAUAUUUGUGAAGAAAAUUUUUCGAAAAAGAAACAUUUUAAGUGUCGAAAAAACGUUGAUCAAAUAUUCAAUUAUGAUUGUGGUAUUGAGCAUAUGGAUAAACGAAUCAGAGGAUUUCCAUUUCAACAGACACCAAGUGGAAAUUUGAAAAUCGUCCCUAAUCAAGUUAUUUUUGAGUCAAAAAAAAUUAGUGUUUUAGUAGCUGAUCCUUGUCAUACAAGAGUCAACGUAACAGCUGAAUCGAAAAAUCAAAAAAAUUUUCAAGAAACAAAUUGUCGAAAUCAAUUUAAUUAUUUACCACCUGGUAUCACAACGUCAACAAUAAAUCAUCUUCAGAAAAUUAAAAAACUUCCAAAAAUAAAUAACUCAAAUUAUUUAAUUAAAACAAAUAUUGAUAAUAAUUUUAAUAAAAAAAUGGAGACGAAAAAACAACAAGCACAAUAUUAUCAAGCCAAUGAUCUUCCCUUAUCAUCACUUGGAUUCACUGGUGAAGAGCCCAUCAAUUGGGACAACAUAACUCUACCAGAAAAAACAAAUUUAUAUGAUGAACUUGCACGAAGAAUCACCAGUUACAAGAAUGCUGAUUGCAUUAUCAAACUCGAUGAAGGUGAAUUCCACUGCCAUCUACUGGUUCUCCAAAGUUACAGUACAUUUAUUGAUGAAAAAAAUUGUCAUGAAAUUGAUUUAACAGGGAGUAGUGUGACAUCACGAGCAUUUUCCAUCAUCUAUGAUUGGAUGAUAAGUUCAACUGUUGACAGCUGUCAUCUACUACGACGAGACAAUAUAUUAGAAAUAUUUACAGCUGCCCAAUACUUGGGUAUAAAAGAAUUGGAAGAACAAUGCUGGGCAUUUAUCGACAAUGAUGAAUUAUUUUCAGAAGACACAGCAUUUUUACUUUAUUUAGAAGCUAAAAAAAUUGGUAAUACAGCUGUUAUGGAAUUAAUGAUACCAAGAAUAAUGAAAUUUUUUUUAAUGCUUGUUAGUACAAAAGAUUUUAUUGAAUUAUCUGUUGAUGAAUUAUGUCUUCUUUUACGUUCAAAUUAUAUAAGUGUUAAUAGUGAAAUGGAAGUUUUAAUGUCUGCUGUGAGAUGGUUAAUGCAUGACUGGAAUCAACGUAAACAAUAUUUGUUAGAAGUUAUGAAAUGUGUAAGGUUUGGUCUUAUUGCUCCUUGGCAGCUUGUUGAUGUUAAACGUAAUCCAGAAAAUCCAGAAUUUAUGGAAAUAAUGUCGUAUCCUGAAAUUCAAAAAAUGGUUGAUGAUGGUCUUGCGUAUGUUAUCAUAAAAUAUUGGUACAGUAAUCAGGCAGAGGAUUAUCAUCACUGGAUCAGUCUACUUGGGCUUAGCGAACCAACAAAUAGAAAUUGGGCCGGAGAAGACAAAAAUUACGCAACAUAUCGUGAAUUUUUAUUAUAUUUGGAAGAAUAUCAACAAAAAGAAAUACUAGAAUUGAAAAGUCGUAAAUGUCAAGAUCAAAAAAUAAAUAAAACAUCAAUUAUUAAUGAGUAUGAAUCACUUCCAACAGCUAAAGGACGUGUUCCUUGCCAAAAUUAUUUUAUUUCUGAAGUCAAUCCAGUGUGCAACUUGGAGUGUAGUAGUGCUAGCUGUUCAGCUAGAAAAAAUUGUAACAUGUUUUCAAGAUGUUCAAAAGUUCCAGGCCCAGAUCAAUUAGGCUCGCCUAAAAUAUCUGGCAUGAGAAUGCCACCAGAAUUUUUAGGAAAAUAUUUAAGCUCAUUGGGAAAUAAUUAUUCGAAACCGGUUUGUUGUGAUGUUAAAACAAGAACUGUUGAAAAUAAAAUGACGAAAAAAUCUAAUCGAAAUGAUAUUUGUAUUUCUAAUGAUGUUAUAAAUAAAAAUUCAAAUGUUGAGAUUGUUGCAGCAACAAAAAUUCAAGCAGUUUAUAGAGGUUACAAAACUCGACAACAAAUUAAUGAGAUCAAAGUAGUAACUUCAGAUGAAAAUAAAAACGCUAAAAAAGUGUCUGAACUAUUGUCUAUGUCAUCAUCAAACUAUCAUAAACUUCAUCCUCCUCUUGUGCCUCCAAGAGCAUCAACAAGUGGAGUCACUAAUUGUACAAUAAAUAAUGAAAAAAAAACACAUUUAAAACAAAAACCACAAACAAGAUCAAAUGUCGAAAAAAUGAGUCCCAAAAAAAUCAUAGAACUUCAUAAGUCAUCAGUAAAACAAAUUAAUGUUAUUAAACCACCAAGUUCAUUGUAUUUUAAUGAACAAACAAGUUCACAAUCAAAUGAUGAUGAUUCAGAUGAUUCUUAUUCAUCACAAGAGAAUAAAAAAUAUUCAGUAGAGCAAGUAUCAUCAUCAAUGAUCAAUCAAACAAAAAUAAAUUCUCAAGAUAACAAUACUUUGUGGUUUUCUGACUGUGAGGCUAUUUUAGUUAUUGGUGGAAUUGAUCCACAUUGUGAUUAUGGCUCCAUAGGUAAUACUGGAAGAGACAUGUACAGAUACAAACCAAAAGACAAUUCUUGGGAAUUUGUUGGCGAAAUUCCAGAACCAAGGCACCACCACUCCGUUGCAUUCUUGCGUGAUCGAGUGUACUUAGUCGGUGGAGCUCAUCCUGGUGAUGAUUUAUCAGCAAGAAAAAGCCAUGUUGUUGGAACUGUUUGGAGCUAUGAUCCAUCAACAAGAAAAUGGUUUCGUGAAGCUGGUAUGUUGACACCAAGAAAAAAUUUUGGUCUCAUUGUUAGUAAUGGUAAAAUGUAUGCAAUUGGUGGUCAAGAUAAAAAUGGAUUAGCAUUAAAGAGUGUUGAAGCUUUUGAUCCUGCUGAAGGAUUUUGGAGAAUAGUUAAACCAAUGAUAAUAGCAAGAGUUGGUUUAGCAUGUUCGAAAUAUCAAGAUUUGAUUUGGGUUGCUGGAGGUAUGACAAUGUCAAAACGUGAUGCACUUUUAAAAGAUGUUGAAUGUUAUGAUCCAUUAAAAAAUACAUGGAUAAAAAUUGAUGCACUUCGAUCACCAAGAUGUUUUGCUUCUCUUCAUGUCGUUUCUGAUCGUUUGUAUAUUAUUGGAGGUGCAGGAAGACCCCAACCAGAUCAGUCAAUAACAGAAAGUGUUGAUAGUAUUGAUGUUUGGGAUCCUAUUCAUCGAACUUGGCGAGAAUUUACUAAAAUGGAUAUUGCACGACAUAGUCAUUCAACAAGCUCAAUUGGCAAUCAAUUGAUGAUUAUUGGUGGUGUCACAACGGUAUUUAUGAAAACCCUUGAAACCGUUGAAUGUUUUUCAAGUGAUAAUGAUGAUACAUGGAUCAAAAAUAUUGCCUCCUUGCCAAAUCCAAUUUCUGGUCAUGAUAGUGUUUCACUUCCACCAAAAAAGUUUUUUUAAAUUUAAUAAAUAUA